GGAUAUCCUCAAGCACAAAAUUUACUCAUACUUUUAAAUACGAUUGUUGAAGAUCAGAACUGUAUACAAAUCUCAUCAUUCCUGACCAUGAUUAGUGUAACCUGGAGCAUCUUCCUAGUUUGGACUAAAAUAGGGCUGUUCCUUGACAUGGCACCUUAUUCUGUUAGUGCCAAACCAUGCCCUUCAGUAUGUCGCUGUGAUGUGGGUUUCAUAUAUUGUAAUGAUCGCGAUUUGACGUCUAUUCCUACAGGAAUCCCAGAGGAUGCUACUACCCUCUUCCUUCAGAACAAUCAAAUAAAUAAUGCUGGGAUUCCUUCAGAACUGAAGAACUUGCUUAGGGUGGAAAGAAUUUAUUUAUACCACAACAGCCUAGAUGAAUUCCCCACUAACCUCCCUAAGUAUGUUAAGGAACUGCAUUUGCAGGAGAAUAACAUAAGGACCAUUACUUAUGAUUCACUUUCACAAAUUCCUUAUCUGGAAGAACUGCAUUUGGAUGAUAAUUCUGUUUCUGCUGUUAGCAUCGAGGAUGGAGCCUUCCGGGACAACAUCUAUCUCAGACUUCUUUUUCUCUCUCGAAAUCACCUUAGCACCAUUCCCUGGGGUUUGCCUAAAACGAUAGAAGAGCUACGCUUGGAUGAUAAUCGUAUUUCCACGAUUUCGGAGCCGUCCCUGCAAGACCUUACAAAUCUAAAACGCCUUGUUUUAGACGGAAAUCUUCUAAAUAAUCAUGGAUUAGGAGACAGAGUCUUCAUGAAUCUCGUCAAUCUUACAGAACUGUCAUUGGUCCGCAAUUCGCUCACAGCUGCCCCGGUCAAUUUGCCAGGAACAAAUUUAAGAAAGCUUUAUCUUCAAGAGAACCACAUCAACCGUGUGCCAGCCAAUGCUUUCUCUUACUUAAGGCAGUUGUAUCGACUAGAUAUGUCUAACAACAAUAUUAGCAAUUUACCUCAGGGUGUCUUUGAUGAUCUGGACAACAUAACUCAGCUGUUUCUUCGCAACAACCCUUGGCACUGUGGGUGCAAAAUGAAAUGGGUGCGAGACUGGUUACAGUCAUUGCCUUUAAAAGUUAACGUACGGGGACUGAUGUGUCAGGCACCAGAGAAAGUCCGUGGAAUGGCUAUCAAAGACCUCAACACAGAACUAUUUGAUUGUAAGGACGAUAGCAUGAUAAGCACCAUCCAAAUCACUACUGCAGUACCAAACACAUUGUACCCAGCCCAGGGACACUGGCCAGUAUCUGUGACCAAACAACCAGACAUCAAGACUCCCAACCUAAAUAAAAACUACAGAACCACAGCAAGCCCAGUACGCAAAGUCAUUACUAUAUUUGUGAAAUCUGUAAGCACGGAGACAAUUCACAUCUCUUGGAAAGUUGCACUACCAAUGACUGCUUUAAGACUCAGCUGGCUCAAGAUGGGUCACAGCCCUGCCUUUGGAUCUAUAACUGAAACUAUAGUUACAGGUGACAGAAAUGACUAUUUGCUCACAGCUCUCGAACCAGAAUCACCAUACCGUGUAUGCAUGGUUCCCAUGGAAACCAGCAACAUCUAUCUCUCCGAUGAAACACCCGAAUGCAUCGAGACUGAGACGGCACCUCUUAAGAUGUACAACCCUACCACAACCCUCAACCGAGAGCAGGAGAAAGAACCUUACAAAAACUCCAGCUUGCCCUUGGCUGCCAUCAUCGGUGGCGCAGUAGCGCUGGUGGCCAUCGCGCUGCUGGCCCUGGUCUGCUGGUACGUCCACAGAAACGGGUCCCUGUUCUCCCGGAACUGCACCUACAGCAAGGGACGCCGCAGAAAAGAUGACUAUGCCGAAGCAGGAACCAAGAAGGAUAACUCCAUCCUAGAAAUCAGGGAGACUUCUUUCCAGAUGAUACCAAUAACCAACGACCAAGUGUCCAAGGAGGAAUUUGUAAUACACACCAUUUUCCCACCUAACGGCAUGAAUCUGUACAAGAACAGCCACAGUGAAAGCAGUAGUAACAGGAGCUACAGAGACAGUGGUAUUCCAGAUUCAGAUCAUUCACACUCAUGAUACUGAAGGACACAAAAGACUGGUUUGGGUUUUGUUAGUUUUUUUGGUUUUGUUUUAUUUUUUAAAGAAAACGAGAAAAGACUGACUUAACGGUUGCUGUUCUACUGCAAAACACUGGAUUAAAAGACUGACAAAGCAAUGUACUGUACAUUUGCCAUAUAAUUUAUAUUUAAGAACUUUUUAUUAAAAGUUUCAAAUUUCAGGCUACUGCUGCGAUUAAUGUAGUGGGGAAACCUGACCACAAUUCUAUAUUUUAGUAUUUUUUAGUAAUUUGUACUGUAUUUUCCUUGCUAAUAUUGAAGUUACAGACCAUUUAACUUUUGUGUUCUACUGAGUAAGAUGACUUGUUGACUGUGAAAGUGAAUUUUCUUGCCGUGUUGAGCAGUCAGAACAUUCAUCUGAGAUCCUUGUAAGUGUAAGCACAGGCCAUUUUUCACUUUGGUAUCAAUAAAAAUAAUGUUGAACCUGGCAAAUCAGGAAAAUCAAGCACUGGUUGCAAAGACACAAGAGAACUUCUAAUGUUGGGUCUAUUAAAUCUGUAAACCACAACAAUAUUCAAUAAACAAAAAUGCGUGUAGUAAUGGGCAAUAUCAGCUGUCUGGAUAUAUCCAUUGAAGAAUGGUGAAAUCCAAUUUAGAAGAAAAUAAUCAAAUCGAUGACAUGCAUGAGACUGAAGCUGUUAACACAUGGGGGGGUGUGGAAAUUGAUCCCUGGAGGAAAGCAUAAUCAAAUUCCUAUCACGGAAUUUUUUUUUUUUAAAUGCACUAGGCUCUACAAACCAAGGGGGUGGAUAUGGUUUAGGGAUCAAUUUCUGGUUAUUAAAACCAG